AUGGGGCCCCCUCCACCCAAGGCCAGGGGACUCUGGAUCCAACUCCAGAAACUUCUGACCUCCUGGCUGGCGGGACAGCAAGACUGGGACCAGUAUCUGGACGAGGCCUACAUGCUGCAACAGAAGAGGAUUCGAGAGUCUCCUCUGCUUCGGGCAGCCAAGGACAACGACCUGUGUGUCCUGCAGGAACUUCUGCUGGACCGAACCUGUGACUUUCGGCAACGAGGAGCCCUGGGGGAGACGGCGCUGCACGUGGCGGCCCUCUAUGACAACCUAGAGGCCGCCAUGGUGCUGAUGGAGGCCGUCCCGGAGCUGGUCAAGGAGCCCACCAUCUGUGAGCCGUUUGUAGGUCAGACGGCACUGCACAUAGCCAUCAUGAACCAGAACGUGAACUUGGUGAAAGCCCUGCUCGCCCACGGGGCCAGCGUCUCUGCAAGGGCGGUAGGCUCAGCCUUCUGCCUCAGUCCCCACAACCUCCUCUACUUUGGGGAGCACCCUUUGUCCUUUGCGGCCUGCAUGGGCAGCGAGGAGACCGUGAGGCUGCUCAUUGAGCACGGCGCUGACAUCCGGGCCCAGGACUCCCUGGGAAACACAGUGUUGCACAUCCUCGUCCUCCAGCCCAGCAAAACCUUUGCCUGCCAGAUGUACAGCCUGCUGCUGUCCUACGACGGGCGCGGGGACCACCUGCAGUCCCUGGACCUCGUGCCCAAUCACCAGGGCCUCACCCCCUUCAAGCUGGCUGGAGUGGAGGGCAACACCACGAUGUUCCAGCACCUGAUGCAGAAGCGGAAGCACAUCCAGUGGAUGUGCGGGCCGCUGACCUCCACCCUCUACGACCUCACGGAGAUCGACUCCUGGGGAGAGGACGUGUCAUUUCUAGAGCUUGUGGUCUCCUCCAAGAAGCGAGAGGCUCGCCAGAUCCUGGAACAGACCCCAGUGAAGGAGCUGGUGAGCUUCAAGUGGAGGAAGUAUGGGCGGCCAUACUUCUGCAUCGUGGGGGCCCUGUACGUGCUCUAUAUGAUCUGUUUCACCCUGUGCUGCAUCCAUCGCCCUCUCAAGCCCUGUAGUGGCAACCGCACAAACUCCCGAGACAUCACCAUCCUCCAGCAGAGGCUGCUCCAGGAGGCCUACGUGACUCAGCAGGAUAAAAUCCGGCUGGUGGGGGAGCUGAUGACGGUCUGCGGGGCUGUGAUCAUCCUGUUCCUAGAGAUCCCGGAUAUCUUCAGGGUUGGUUUCUCUCGCUAUUUUGGACAGACUGUCCUCGGGGGGCCGUUCCAUGUCAUCACCAUCACCUAUGCCUCGCUGGUGCUGGUGACCAUGGUGUUGCGGCUUUCCAACACCAACGGGGAGGUGGUGCCUAUGUCGUUCGCCCUGGUGCUGGGCUGGUGCAGUGUUAUGUACUUUGCUCGAGGAUUCCAGAUGCUGGGUCCCUUCACCAUCAUGAUCCAGAAGAUGAUUUUCGGAGACCUGUUGCGUUUCUGCUGGCUGAUGGCUGUGGUUAUUGUGGGAUUUGCCUCAGCGUUCUUUAUCAUUUUCCAGACAGAGGACCCAUCCAACCUGGGGCAAUUCUAUGACUAUCCCAUGGCGCUGUUCAGCACCUUUGAGCUUUUCCUCACCAUCAUCGACGGGCCUGCCAACUACGACGUGAACUUGCCCUACAUGUUCAGCAUCGUCUACUUUGCCUUUGCCAUCAUCGCCACACUGCUCAUGCUCAACCUGUUCAUUGCCAUGAUGGGCGACACACACUGGCGGGUGGCCCAUGAACAGGACGAGCUCUGGAGGGCCCAGGUCGUGGCCACCACGGUGAUGCUGGAGAGGAAGAUGCCUCGCACCCUGUGGCCUCGCUCCGGCAUCUGUGGGUACAAGUACGGGCUGGGGGACCGCUGGUUCCUGCGAGUGGAGACCAACCAAGACCAGAAUGCUUUGCGAGUACGUCGCUAUGUGGAAGCCUUCAAGGGCUCAGACAAGGAGGAAGAACAUGAGCAUCUUUCUGAGAAACAGCCCUCUGUGGUUGAAAGUGGGAUUCUAGCCAGGGCCUCCCUGGCCCUCCCGACUCCCUCCCUGUCCCGGACCACAUCUCGAAGCAGCAGCAGUCACCGAGGCUGGGAGAUCAUUCGUCGCAACACCCUGGGACACUUGAAUCUGGGACUGGACCUUGGGGAGGGGGAUGGAGAGGAAAGUGUCUAUCACAUAUGAUUAGGACCCCUGUUACUCUCCUCCCGACUCCAGGUCCUGCCCUAUCAUUUUACUCCCUCUUCGGGGCCAAACUUCUUAAGAGAAGAGUCUAUUGUCUGCUGACCUCACACUGAGUCCUCACCCCAUUGUGAUCUGACCUUGCCUCUCCGGCUAUCAAG